AUAACAUAAAUGUCUAAUGGUGGCGAUCAUGGCUUGGCAGAGCGGCAGGCGGCCGGAGGGAGGGCGGGAGGCGCGGGGCGAGCGGCGGGGCGCGCCGCCGGCGCCCGGGAGGAUGGUGUCCCAGCUGAGCGCCCUGCAACGGGAGCUCCUGGGCGCCCUGCUCAGCUCCGGAGCCACCAAGGAAGGGUUGAUCCGUGCCCUGGAGGACAUGGUGCCAGCCGCCGGCUUCGGCGUCAAGCUGGAGAGCCUGCCGCUCUCCCCCGGCGGGCCGCCCGACGGCAAGGCCGCCUUCCCCACACUGGCCAACGGGCACAGCAAGGGCAAGCUCUCCGGUGACGAGGGCUCGGAGGACGGCGACGACUUCGACACGCCUCAGAUCCUCCGCGAGCUGCAGGCGCUCAACACGGAGGAGGCCGUGGAGCAGCGGGCCGAGGUGGAGAGGAUGAUCAGCGAGGAUCCGUGGAGGGCGGCGAAGAUGAUCAAGGGGUACAUGCAGCAGCACAACAUCCCGCAGCGGGAGGUGGUGGAUGUCACCGGCCUCAACCAGUCGCACCUCUCCCAGCACCUCAACAAGGGCACCCCCAUGAAGACACAGAAAAGAGCCGCCCUCUACACGUGGUACGUCCGCAAGCAGCGGGAGAUCCUUCGGCAGUUCAACCAAACAGUCCAGGGUUGUGGAAAUAUGACAGACAAAAGCAGUCAGGAUCAGCUGCUGUUUCUCUUUCCAGAGUUCAAUCAGCAGAACCAGGGGGCUGCCCAGCUCGACGACACCUGCUCUGAAACCCCCAGCAAGAAGAUGCGUCGCAAUCGGUUCAAGUGGGGGCCGGCCUCCCAGCAAAUCUUGUACCAAGCCUACGACCGCCAAAAGAACCCCAGCAAGGAGGAGCGCGAGGCUCUGGUGGAGGAGUGCAACAGGGCUGAGUGUCUGCAGCGAGGGGUGUCUCCCUCCAAGGCUCACGGGCUCGGCUCCAACCUGGUGACGGAGGUCCGCGUCUACAACUGGUUCGCCAACCGGCGGAAGGAGGAGGCUUUCCGCCAGAAGCUGGCCAUGGACGCCUACAGCUCGGGCCAGCCCCCACACAGCAUGAACCUGCUGCUGUCCCAUGGUUCCCCCCACCACAACCAGCCCAGUGCCUCACCUCCCAGCAAAAUGCCAGGGGUCCGGUACAGCCAGGCGGCGAGUGGCGAGGCAGCAUCCUCCGGGGCCAUCAGCCACCACGGUGGCGGUGCCAUGGUCACCACCAGCCAGGCGGUCCUGCAGCAGGUCUCCCCGGUCAGCUUGGACCCAGGCCACGGUUUGCUCUCGCCCGACGGUAAAAUGAUCUCCGUUUCGGGGGGCGGGCUGCCGCCGGUGAGCACCCUGACCAACAUCCACAGCUUGUCCCACCACAACCCACAGCAGUCCCAGAACCUCAUCAUGACGCCGCUCUCAGGAGUCAUGGCCAUCGCACAGAGUCUGAACACCUCGCAGGCGCAGAGUGUACCUGUUAUCAACAGCGUUGCCGGCAGCUUGGCAGCUCUACAGCCAGUCCAGUUCUCCCAGCAGCUCCACAGCCCGCACCAGCAGCCGCUGAUGCAGCAGUCACCCAGCCAUAUGACGCAGCAGCCUUUUAUGGCCACCGUGACUCAGCUGCAGAACUCGCACAUGUAUGCACACAAACAGGAGCCGCCCCAGUAUUCCCACACCUCCCGCUUCCCCUCAGCGAUGGUGGUGACGGAUACCAGCAGCAUCAGCACGCUGACCAAUAUGUCUUCCAGUAAGCAGUGUCCCCUGCAAGCCUGGUGAUGCUCCACACCUCGCUGCUUUUGCACAUAGCAACGGGAUCUUAUUUUCCACAACAUCCCGCCGGUGACCCGCGUGCCGAGCCCAGGGAGUCGCCAGAGCGAAGCCCAGAGCUGCAGCGAGGAGCCCGUCAACUCAAAACGGAGCUGGAGGCUCGAGACUCCCCGUCGCCCUUCUGUGCCCUGCCGGGGACAAGCUCGGAUUUGCGGGGUGCCCACCCGGCACUGAGCCUCUCCUUCCCUCCGCGCAGUAUUUCCAAGACUUGUCUUGGGGAAUUUUUUCUUAAGUAUUUGCCUUCCAAGAGGCUGUUGGCUCUCCUGAGGAACUAGGAACAAGCUGUACUGGGGACUGGCAGAAAGGGAAGAUGGAUAAUAUUUAAGUUAUACUCCUCCACCUGAUGGACUGAGAGGGACUUGGGUCUGUUACUUGGUGUUUGGAAGGAGGAAUUGCGUGUGCUGUUGAACUGAGCCAAUUAAACUGUAAAUAUAGGUACAGUCCACUCCACCCUCACCCUUCCCUGCUCCUAUACAUAGAGAUUUAUAUAAAAGAGGUAAAUUUUGUCCAAUGGAUGUAAACUACUGUAAUCAAGUGCAAUUCCCCCAUCUGUAUAUAUUGUUCCCAAACCUCUUCUCUUUCUCCUUUUUUUUUUUUUUUUUUUUUUGGUAAAGGUCAGAGCUGA